AUGACGUCGCUGUUUUACCCCUUCCGCGCGCUCGGAUACGUCAACGAGGGCGUGCCCUUCGUCGAGCACCGGCGCGGCACCGAGCAUUUCGUCACCGUCUCCGCGGGGAAGGCUUUCCAGGUUUACAACUGCGAGCGUCUUCGGCUGGUGCUGGUGGGGCCGCAGGGCGAUGCCGACAUCACCGCGCUCGCGGUCAAAGGGGACCUGACGUUCGCGGCGCACGGGCGGGACAUCGUGGUGUGCAGGCGCACGCACAGGGUCUGCGUGUUCGGCGGGCACGCCGACACCGUCACUCGACUCUUCACGUUCGGCCCGAGGCUCUACUCCAUCUGCGCGGGCGGCCGAGUGCUGGGCUGGGACAUCGGCAAGGACGCGCUCGACCACCUCGACGGCAAGCGCUCGUCCGCGGCCAAGCGCGCCGCGGACAUCUACCGCAUGCCGGAGGGGUUCACCCCGACGUGCAUCUGCCAUCCCGACACGUACCUCAACAAGGUGCUCAUCGGCGCCACCGACGGCCGCGUUCUCCUGCUGAACGUCAACACCGGCAAGCACAUCUACGUCUUUCACCCGAACAACAUGCUCAACCCCUCGGGAUCCGCGGUGACGUGCCUGGAGCAGUCGCCCGCGCUCGACACCGUCGCGGUCGGUCUCGGUAACGGACGCGUGGUGAUCCAAAACGUGCGUGUCGACAGGACCGUGGUGGACUUUACGCACGACGGCAGCGGAAGGGCCAUCCGGUCGAUGUCGUUCACCACCGGCAACCAGGACCCGCUCAUAGCGGUGGGCAGCGACGCCGGCUCCGUCAGCGUCUGGGACCUGGAGAAGCGGCGCCUGAGGACCAUCAUGCCCGGAACGCACGACGGCGCCGUGACCCAGGCGCACUUCUUCCUCGGCCAGCCGGUGCUGAUGACGGGCGGCGCCGACAACGCGCUCAAGCAGUGGAUCUUCGACAACGCCGACGGCACGGGGAGGCUCCUUCGAUUCCGAGCCGGGCACAGCGCGCCCCCGACGCACGUCGAGUUUUACGGCGAGGGCCUUCGCAUCUUGUCCGCGGGCGACGACAGGGCGUUGAGAGUGUUCAGCACGAUACAGGACCAGCAGUCUAAGGAGCUGAGCCAAUCGCACGUCGAGCGACGCGCGAAGAAGCUCGGAGUCGCCGAGCAGGAGUUGAAGCUCCCGCCGAUUCGGGGCAUGGCGUGGUGCGAGGUGCGGGAACGGGAUUGGGCCAACGUGGUGACGUGUCACGCCGGGGAGACUCGCGCGUACACGUGGCGUCUCGCCAACGGCGUCCUCGGCGAGCACGUCCUUCAACCCCCGGCGAAGAUGGGCGUCAAGCGGCGGAACCUCGGCAUCUCGAACAAGGUCGGGUUCCCGAUAUCGGCGGUGGCGGUGUCCGCGUGCGGUAACUUUGCCGUCAUAGGCAACGAGGGCGGCGAGGUUCACAGGUUUAACCUUCAGUCGGGGCAGCACCGCGGGGUCGGCCAGGUGAGCGCCAUCCAGACGGACGGCGCCAACAAACAGACGGUGACGUGCGGGUUCGUAGACGGCGUCGUCCGCGUUUGGAACUUUGGCGAACAAAAGCUGGAGGGCGAGAUGGACACCGGCGUCGGCUGCGUCGCCGCGUCGCUGCACCGACCGGGGGCGCUCGUCGCCGUCGCGGGCGCGGACCGCGUCGUGAGGGUGCUGGAUAUCGCGGGGAUGCGCCGCGUUCGCUCGCUUCGCGGCGCGCAGACGCAGGUCAAGUCGCUUCAGUUCUCCGCCGACGGGAGAUUGAUACUCGCGAAUUCCGCCGACGGGGCGGUGCACGUGUGGGACGUACCCGCGGCUCGGCUUUUACAGACGAUGCGCAUGUCCCGCGACUCGCCCGUCGUGGGCCUGUCGCUGUCCCCGAACAUGGACAUGCUCGCGACGGUGCACGAGGGCAGGAGGGGGGUGUACCUGUGGGCGAAUUCUCAGAUGUACUCGGCGCCCGGCGCUCGGCUGGCGGGGGCUUCGACCCGCGUCGCCGGCUCUGACGAUUCGGAUUCCGAGGAAGCCGUUACGACGGAAGAGGAGGCGCGGGAGACGCUAGGUGCCGGGAGCGACGCGCAACGACGUCGAGCCCCCGAACCCGUCGCCCCGGGUCUGGCCACCAUGGCCAUGCUCCCGAAGACGCAGUGGGCGUCGCUCGCUCGCCUCGACGAGAUUCGAGAGCGGAACAAGCCGAUCCAGGGUCCGAAAAAGCCGAAGGAGGCGCCCUUCUUCAUCCCGACCACGUACAACGCCGACGACCCGAGCAAGGCGGCGGUGUUCGACGUGGACGCGGUGAUCGACGACAGCGACGACGAGGACGGGGCGAAGGACCAAAAGCGCGGACCGUCGGGCCUCGACGCGGAGAUUCGCGCGCUCGGGCCGUGGGACGCGUCCACGAUGACCGACGACGACGCCGCGGAGCUCGGGGACGUGCUGGACUUCUUCGCGGCGGAGAUUCCGAGCGGUCGCAACUUUGAGUUUCUCAACGCUUUACUCGCGCAUUUCUUACGAGUGCACGGCGGGGCUUUGCAGGCGAGGGAGUCGCUCAGGCUCAAGGCGGAGAAGGUGCGGGCGGCGGCCAAGGCGACGUGGAAGGGGGUGGACGACCUGCUGCAGGAGGUGAGGUGCGCGCUGGGAUUCUUCGGCGGCGUCGCGGGGGUUUGA